AUGAUCGCCGUAAUCGUGGUUUGUGGUGGUCUAAUCGUCGUAUUGUAUUGGAGGGUUUACCGUGCACUACGUCAGCAGCGUCGAAUCAGGGUAGAGAAUGACUUGAACAUUCCAUCUAAUCAUGGACAAAAUGGAGAAUUUUCGAUUACACACAAAGAUUCAACGAGAACCGACAUCGAAACAGCAUCCUUGAAGAACACAGAGACGACUAGAAUCAAAACCGCAGUUACUUCACUUUCCAAAAAAGUUGCAACUUCGUUGAAGUCCGAGAACGGCACCGAAAUUAGCCGAUGUGGCGCACUUGGGUCAAAACGUUAUGACGACGUCGAAAACGUGAUUCAUGAAUCCAUCUCCACACUCGAGAUCGAUACCGUCCACGACGUCGACACAUCGAGAGCCCGGCUGCCUCCAAAUUUACAAGCGGCAACCGAUUCACCAUCUAAAUCUAAUGUAGGCAUUGUCUUAACACGCCAUCAAAACGCCCACAUCGGCGAUCCGGCUCGACCACCGAUUCGCCUCACACCUGCCGAUCGCCAGGCGACCAACAUGAUGCUGGUCAUCACUGCAGUAUUCGUCAUCACGUGGAUACCGGCGAUCGUGGCCACCAUGGUUCCUGCGACGGUAUUGGUGGAGAUCGCCUCGCGGAAUAACCAUCUUUAUCUUUUCGUCGUUUUUCUCAAGCACACCGUUUACAUCAGCAACGCCGUCAACCCUCUCGUAUACGGAUUCAUGAAUACUCGAUUCAGGAAAGAAUGCUUGAACGAGCUAAGUUGCCGCAGGUCUUGUAGGAAUCACUAG